AGCGCGUGAUUCGGCUAACUUUUGGACAAAAUUUAACCGGACUCGAAGAGUUUGGUUAGCUGAUUUAACCAAAACAAAGAUGGCCGACCUUGACAUAGUGAACGCUAGGCGACCUCAACAAUUUCGCAGGAUAGAUAGACAAACGGACGAAGACAACGACGAGGAAGUACGUAAACGGUAUAGAUUCACUCCGCACAACAUAGACAGAUUGGAACGACUGAUAGGCCACAGACUUGAGCGACCGACUCGCAGAAAUCAACCCUUGACACCACGGCAACAGAUUAUGAUUGCUUUACGUUUUUACGCCACUGGGAAUUUUUUACAAGUAAUAGGGGAUACAUUUGGGGUAGAUGUUGCCACGGUUUCAAGGGUUGUAACUGCAGUGACCGACUGUAUUUUUGACAUGAAGGACAGCGCGAUUCAAUUUCCGACGACAGACAGACAUAGACACAGGACUAAGACUGGAUUUCAUGCCAUAAGGGGAUUCCCGUCUGUGAUAUCAGCGGUAGACGGAACGCACGUAAGAAUACAAACGCCCAGUGAUGACGAGGAGCAGUGUGUCAAUAGAAAACAUUUUCACAGCAUUAACGUGCAAGCCAGCUGCGACCAUAGAGGUAACGAAAAUUUGAGUACUAUGAGUUUGAUGGGUUUUUCUUCGUUUCAUUCUGUCAAAACAUAA